GGAAGAAACAAUUUGCGGGGCACAAUGUCUGUGUGGCUCAACUACCAUGUGGCUAGUGAUUUCGUCUUAUGUAAGGCAUUGUUGACCAAGCAGUACGUACCGCCUCUCGACGAAGACAGGACAGCUGGAGCUUGAGCAUCUCAAUCAACAAUUCCCAGAGCUUUCCCCUCCAAGCUCCCAAGCUCAAUCCCUCGACCGGCGCAACACCAACACCACACCACACAUUGACUCAACGACAGUCAAUGGCUCAGACCUGCCCAUCAUGACGACCCGCGAAGAAGAGGACCCCUCCUACAUCGACUACGAAGCCUUCCUCGACCCCGAGUUUAGCCCCUCCUCCUUCGCAAACACCCUCGUCCUCGCAACGAACAACCCCAACGAUGCGCCCCUCGAUCUUUCCACACCCCUCUCCCGCGUUCUCUUCGACACUCAAGAGAUCGAUUCCCAUAUUGACGUCCUGACGACAAAGUCUGCCGCCCCCCUCCUACAGUACACGAAGGAACAAACAACCUCAAGCAAGCGCAUCAUCUCGGAGCUCGACGCACAGAUCAAGAACCUCAACGACAGCUAUAAGCAGCUCGAGAAGGAAGUCAUUGAUAAACAUGCCGAGGCUGAAGAGGUACGGCAGGUUGCUACGAGGCUAUGGGAGACGCUAAAGCUUGGUCGCUCCGUGGGACGGUGUCUGCAGCUUGGGAGGCAGCUCGAGGUCCAGCAUACUGAAAUUGCCGGGUCUAGCGUCAGCGCUGCUGCUGCUGCGGCGGGCAAGAAGGAGGACCACCGAGCGCUGGUGCGGUGUUCACACACAAUUCUCUCGCUGCGGGAGGUUCUUGAUAACACAGCGCCUGGGGAAGAAGGGCAUGGUCUAGGAAAGGUCGACGCGAUUCGCACUCUCCGGGAAUCUAUAAAUACACCAGUCGAGCGGUCUGUGAAGGAAACGGCGGAGAAGAUUAUCCGCGACUUUGCGAUUCCCAACUCAGCCACUUUUGCGCAGGGCGAGGAAGUCAAGGCAAGAACCGUAUCAGCCAUGGUCACGCUCUUCCUACUCUCUCCGGUACCGACGCAGAAGACGGAACGAUGGACGCCGCAGCUGCUCCUGCAGAGCCUAGAGACAUACUUCCGCUCGGCGCUGCAAUCCUCCAUCGCCUCGCUUUCGCGGUCACUGGGCCAGCUCCCCUCCCUCGAACGCACCCUCGCUGAGAUCUCAGCGCGGUGCCAGAACAUCGUCGCCCUCGAGCUCGUUCUUGAGUCGACUAAGCUGCCUGCGCACCCGCUCGUGUCGGCGCCGCAGAAGCAGACCAACAUGCUACAGCCUCUACUUGCAUACCUUGAGACUGGAAGUCUGCCUAGCUAUUUCUGGCGGACGAUGGCUGGCAAUUUGGGCACAAGGGUGCAGGAGAUUGUGAACCGCGGCGGGGUGUCUGCACGUACGUUGCGGUCUAACAGGGCCAGCGUUGGAGAUGCUGUAAGGGAGUGUGUUGUCAGAGGGUGCCAGAUGCCGAGUGCUUUGAAGGGCAAGGGAAGAGGGGAGGGCAAUUGGGACCGAGAGGUCGCUGUGAUGGUUAGCAGCGUUGUUAACAACCUUGGUCGGUAGCCUCGUUCCGGUCCAGGAGGUGGCGGAUCUAUAGAGCUAUUAUCACACAAGCCGCGGGCCAGAAAGCUUGAUACCCUAGAUGGAAGCCUAGAUGAAUAGCAAGAGCGGAGUGAGAUAUAUCAUACAAGGUGACUGCCAUACAACCACCUUCUCAUCCUUGGUUCUACCAUCUUAUGCUUCACUACAUACCUCGGUCUCUCUACUGGCUAAUCCGCAAGAAUAGAGCCACUGGUCAAUAGCGAGGGAGAUAGAGAUAGCCAUGAGAGAUCGCGCACCUGCGCAUGUGUCCCGUAUGGACGUACCUAUUAUGUGGGGCGCUUUCGAGCAUCAUAGGUACCUGGAAGCAGGCUCACGGAGUUCAACCCCCCCGCUAUGGAACUGCUCUGGCGUAUGACUCCCUUCCUAUGCUCACGGAGAUUGCGCAGCCGCAUACAAGGGGGGUGAUGACCAAACUAGGUACAGUCUGGCC